CAGCACAACACGUACUAUUUAUAUUGGAAAUGUGAAAGGACCUUGGCUUAAAAUGCUUCUCUGAUUUCAGAGUUCUGGUUUAUAAACAAUUGCUAGAAAGAAGCUUGACAACUUCACAGCAAGAUGAAGUUCCUUCUGUUGGUCUCAGCCAUCGGGCUGUGCUGGGCUCAGUAUUCUCCGCACACGCAACAUGGACGCACAUCCAUUGUGCACCUGUUCGAGUGGCGCUGGGCCGACAUUGCUGCGGAAUGCGAGAGAUACUUAGGUCCCAAGGGAUUUGGGGGUGUUCAGGUCUCUCCACCCAAUGAAAAUAUUAUAAUUACCAACCCUAAUAGACCCUGGUGGGAAAGAUAUCAACCAGUUAGCUACAAAUUAUGCUCAAGAUCUGGAAAUGAAGAGGAAUUCAGAAAUAUGGUGAUGAGGUGUAACAAUGUUGGGGUCCGAAUUUAUGUGGAUGCUGUGAUUAAUCACAUGUGUGCUGUUGGCAAUGCUGCAGGAACAAGCAGUACUUGUGGAAGCUACUACAAUCCUCAUAAUAGGGAUUUUCCAGCAGUUCCAUAUUCGGGUUGGGAUUUUAAUGAUGGUAAAUGUAAAACUGAAAGUGGAGGCAUUGAAAACUAUAAGGAUGCUUUUCAGGUCCGAGACUGUCGUCUCUCUGGUCUUCUUGAUCUUGCACUUCACAAGGAUUAUGUGCGUUCCAAGAUUGCUGACUACCUGAACAAUCUCAUUGCCAUUGGUGUAGCAGGAUUCAGACUUGAUGCUUCUAAACAUAUGUGGCCUGGAGACAUCAAGGAGAUUUUGCAUAAACUGCAUAAUCUGAACACAAAUUGGUUCCCUGAAGGAAGUCGACCUUUCAUUUACCAGGAGGUAAUUGAUCUUGGUGGUGAAGCUGUGAAAAGUAGUGAAUACUUUGAAAAUGGCCGGGUGACAGAAUUCAAGUACGGUGCAAAACUGGGCACAGUUAUUCGCAAAUGGAAUGGACAGAAGAUGUCUUACUUAAAGAACUGGGGAGAAGGAUGUGGCUUCAUGCCUUCUGACAGAGCCCUUGUCUUUGUGGAUAACCAUGACAAUCAGCGAGGUCACGGAGCGGGAGGAGCCUCUGUUCUUACAUUCUGGGACGCUAGACUGUAUAAAAUGGCUGUUGGAUUUAUGCUCGCUCAUCCUUAUGGAAUAACACGAGUGAUGUCAAGCUACUAUUGGCAAAGACAUGUUAAGAAUGGAAAAGAUGUUAAUGAUUGGACUGGGCCACCAAAUCAUAACGGAGUGACUAAAGAAGUAACUAUUAACCCAGACACUACCUGUGGCAAUGACUGGAUCUGUGAACAUCGUUGGCGUCAAAUAAGGAACAUGGUUGCUUUCCGAAAUGUGGUCGAUGGCCAGCCUUUCUCCCACUGGUGGGAUAAUGGUAGCAACCAAGUAGCUUUUGGAAGAGGAACCAGAGGAUUCAUUGUCUUUAACAAUGAUGACUGGUCACUGUCAUCACCUUUGCAAACUGGUCUACCUGCUGGCACAUAUUGUGAUGUCAUUUCUGGAGAUAAAGUUGAUGGCAACUGCACAGGAAUUAAAAUCUACGUUUCUGAUGAUGGCAAGGCUCAUUUUUCUAUUAGUAACUCUGCUGAAGACCCCUUUAUUGCCAUUCAUCUUGAAUCAAAAUUGUAAAAUCCAAAAUAAACCCAUGUAGAGAAAGCAUAACCAAAUGUGUUUCUU